AACUCUCAUAAUUUCACCGUUAUAUCUCUAUUAUCUAACAGCUUAAUUAAGUAAAAUGAUAAUUAUUAAUAUAAGAACUUAAGUACUAUUAUCACACAAAUCUCAGCCUUUGAAAUGGUCCAUCAUGAAUCAUGACUAUAUUAUAAAUUACUAGUACUGUUUUGAUUGAUUUGCAUCGUUAACAUCCAACAAUCUUCUAUCAACUCUAUUUAAUUCUUAAACCUUUUUAAACAACACAAAAAGCUUAUCGGUUCGGGGAUGUCGGUCUCAAGAACAAGGCUAUUAACACUGUUCUUAACUAUAGUUCUCCCGGUUGUUAUAGCAGCAGCGGUUCUAUACCGGCUCGAUCCAUUCGAACCGGUUCAUCUACCGGUCAACGAAAUAAACCGAGCCACGUUGGCGGCUCCUCUACGUAACAACCACAUGCGAUUAGGGUCUGAAACUUUGGCAAAGGGAAAAGUUGCGGGACCUGAAGACUUGUUAUACGACGCUACUUUGGGUGUCGUUUAUACUGGAUGUGAAGAUGGAUGGAUUAAACGAGUUACGUUGAAUGAAUCGGUGGAUGACUCAGUUGUUGAAAAUUGGGUUAACACUGGUGGAAGGCCUCUUGGACUCGCUUUUUAUGGGAAUGGUGACCUUAUUGUUGCUGACGCUGACUUGGGACUACUGAGAAUAACAAGAGAAAAGGAGAUUGAGGUGCUUGUGAAUGAAAUUGAGGGAUUAAAAUUCAAAUUAACAGAUGGUGUUGAUGUAGCAAAUGAUGGUACUAUAUAUUUCACCGAUGCCUCAUACAAGUACUCUGUUAAGGAUUCUAUCCUAGAUAUAUUAGAAGGGAAUCCUAAUGGUAGAUUUUUGAGCUAUAAUCCAACAACAAAAAAGACAACCCUACUACUCACUCAUCUAUAUUUUCCUAAUGGAGUUGCUGUCUCACCUGAUCAACAAUUCGUCGUCUUUUGUGAAACUGUUUUGAUGAAUUGCAAGAAAUAUUACAUAAAGGGCCAAAAAAGAGGAAGCAUAGAAAAGUUUUGUGACCUCCCUGGCAUGCCUGAUAACAUUCAUUAUGAUGGACAUGGACUGUUUUGGAUUGGAAUAGCCACGGGCAUUACUCCUGAAAUGGAUCUAAUGUUGAGAUAUCCUAUCAUUAGAAAGACAUUGGCUAUUGUGACAAAAAAGGUUCCGAGUUUGAAUUUGUCAAAGAAGGGAGGAGUUAUCACUGUGGACUUAGAAGGAAAACCAAUAACACAUUACUAUGAUCCCAAAUUAUCAUUGACUAUUGGGAUUAAGAUUGGGAAUCACAUAUACUGUGGUUCUAUUUUAUACCCAUAUUUAAUUCGUCUUAAUAUUGAACAGUAUCCUGCUCUCCCCACAAUUUAAAAAACAAUAAUUACUCAUAAAGGAUGUGUAAGAAAAUUCUUUGUUUUUGUAUAGGGUCAAGUAGGUGGCAUGAAUAUGGAUUCUUCUGGAACUUCAAUUCAUCCUUUAUACUACUACCUCCAUAGUAAGCACAUUUGUUUAAUUCAAAAAGUCAGUAAAAUAAUAUUUAAUGUA